AUGCCACGUAUAGAUACAUUAGUAGUGCUACUGCUUGCGCUACUUUCUGUGGCUUUUGUAGCAGCCAAAGCGGUGGAAGUGCAGCAUUCCAAUGAGGUAGUGAAAGCGGAUCAUUAUCUUGAGCUGAAGAACGACGAGACGAUCGUUCGCUGUCGCUCGUGCGGUGCCCCAGUCGCCUACAAAAGUGAUUUUAUUGACCUUCAUGACACUUCGAAAGCUGUGGGAAGUCGCCAUGAGGCUGUGCUGGGUGACAAUGUCGAGCUCUAUACUUUCGUGAAUCCUAGUAAAGCAGAAUUUGAGCUCGCAGGCUUCAAGAAGGUGAUAGGAUUGGAAGGUGAUGUCUUUUCCAAAAAGUCGACGGUUUUUGCCGACUACAGUUCACACGACAUUCGCUGCAGUGGAUGCAAGAAACAUAUUGGGUGGGAGUUUUACCACGACGAGCUGCAACAGUGCAUUAAUACGCAGUUGAUCGAGUCCUUUAUGACAAAAAUAGCCACAGAAAAUCUGCUAGCUUCCAAAGCAGAGACGGAACCGAAGGAGGAAAUUGUGAGAAAAGAACUGGAAGGCCAGUGCCUGUCUACCGUUGUCGGUUGGUGGACCUAUAUGGUCUGCUACGGGAAAGAGGUGCGCCAGUUCCACCAAGAACCUGAUGGGUCUCGUAUAAGUGAAUGGAGUAUGGGCGUAUUCGUGCCGAAAGCACGGAAGACAGAUGCAUCUGAUGCUGACAUGAAUGUUGUUCAGUACUUUGAUGGUGGGCAACACUGCGACGAGAAUGGUGAGCUGCGAAGUACUUCAGUGGUGUACACGUGCUGCCAGUUGCGUCCGAAGGACGUGAUGAUUGAGAAAGUCGAUGAGCCUGCUUUAUGCAAGUACCUUAUUCGUGUGUGUGUUCCGAGCUUGUGUGAUACAAAACCAGUUAAAGAGUAUGAUUUUGCCGAGAAUAAGGAGAAUAUCGGAUCAUGCAAAGAAACCUUUGAGGCUUCCCACGCACAUGCGAAGUUGCCAUCGACAUUCUCCACCUUGCGCUGGUCUUCCGUUAUUUCUGAAGAUAGUAGCGAACUUGACUGGGCUCGACGGAUGCAGUUUGCGAAUUGA